CACCCUUUGCUAGCAAUUCCAACCCUGCUCCUCAUCCCUGUCCCUCUUUGCUGCCCCAUGUCCUAUUGCCGUGAACAUUCUCGCCAAUUUUUGCUCCAUCCCAAUCUCUUUGCUGUUUUUGUUAUAACUUCUAUAGAUUACUCCUACAGUUCCAGCAAGAAUCAAGAAUGGCCUCCGCUUCCCUCUUAACAACACCCACAACCAAACCCGUUCUUCCCCCAAAGUACUCUUCCUAUGCACCCCAUUCCUCUGCCGCUGCAGCCACCGUUAGAAAAGUCCCAGCAAAUGCAUUAACCGGUUCCCGCCCCACAAGCCGGCGAGACUUCAUGGCAGUCUCGCUGGCUACUGCCGCAGGAGUCCUACUGUCUUCGUCGGCUGUGCUUACCCCCCCGGCCUUAGCCUCUUCGGACGAGGAGUACGCGAACGAGACGUCGGAGGUAAUCAACAAGGUCAGGUCGACCAUCAACAUGGACAAAUCAGAUCCCAAUGUGGCGGCUGCGGUGGCAGAGCUGAGGGAGGCUGCCAACUCGUGGGUGGCCAAGUACAGGCGUGAGAAGGACCUCCUCGGCCGGCCUUCCUUCCGGGACGUGUACUCCGCUCUCAAUGCUGUGUCGGGCCACUACAUCAGCUUCGGCCCCACCGCGCCCAUACCAGCCAAGCGUAAGGCCCGUAUUUUGGAGGAGAUGGACACCGCCGAGAAGGCCCUGCUCAGGGGAAGAUAGUUAGGUAAAUGAGACUCAGUCGGAGAGGACGACACAAUUUCCACAUCUUCUUUGUUGCUGGGAACAUCCCAGACCUGCGAGAUUCUCGUUAGAAGCUAUAACAUGAUACAUUACAUCGGUUGUUUAAUUAAGUGUAUGCAAAUUGUAUCCUCUCAUAUAUUAUGUAGAAGCACGUUUGGUCCAGUAAAAGGAGACUGAUACUUUGUUAACCACAAAAAGCAUCAUACUUCAUUGUAACAAACAGAAUAAAGUAUUACAUCAGCUUCCUAGA